CGGCCUGGUUCCUCCCUCUGGUGUUACCGGGAAAGCGCUCCGUCUGGUCCGUGCGCGAUCACGGCCCGGCGCGCGCCCUGGGCUCGGGUGGAGUUGACGACGCGUGGAGCUGCUCGACUCGUGGGUGUGCAGUGCACCUAUGAUAUGUAUUUUAGAGAUAGCUGUUAAACUUUGGUUUGAAUGAAGAAUGUCUCUCAAUCCACCUAUAUUUCUCAAACGAAGUGAAGAAAAUAAUUCAAAAUGUGUGGAAACAAAACAGUCACAAACUACUUCCAUAGCUUCAGAAGAUCCCCUUAAAAACUUAUGUUUAGCAUCUCAGGAAGUUCUUCAAAAAGCUCAGCAAAGUGGGAGAUCGAAAUGUCUCAAAUGUGGUAGUUCCAGAAUGUUCUACUGCUAUACAUGUUAUGUCCCAGUUGAAAAUGUACCUAUUGAACGGAUUCCACUUGUGAAGCUUCCAUUGAAGAUUGACAUCAUUAAACAUCCAAAUGAAACAGAUGGAAAAAGCACUGCUAUACAUGCAAAACUCUUAGCACCUGAAUUUGUAAACAUUUACACGUAUCCUUGUAUUCCAGAAUAUGAAGAAAAGGACCAUGAAGUUGCUCUCGUUUUUCCUGGACCUCAGUCUAUCUCAAUAAAAGAUAUUUCUUUUCAUCUGCAAAAAAGGAUUCAAAAUAACAUUAGAGGCAAGAAUGAUGACCCUGACAAGCCAUCUUUUAAACGCAAAAGAGCUGAAGAACAUGAGUUCUGUGAUUUGAAUGACAGCAAGUACAAAGGCACAACACUGAAAAAAAUUGUAUUUAUAGAUAGCACCUGGAACCAAACAAACAAAAUAAUCACUGAUGAGCGACUUCAAGGGUUGUUACAAGUUGAGUUGAAAACCAGAAAAACUUGCUUUUGGCGCCAUCAAAAAGGAAAGCCAGAUACUUUCCUUUCUACAAUUGAAGCCAUUUACUACUUUCUGGCUGGCUGCUAGUGGCCAUCUCUGCUGCCAGGUGAAAAGAGCCUGCCUUAGAAUGAAGUUGGCAAUGGAAAGCAGAGUGGAGAAGGAAAAAGAGAGACUGAGUCCUGAUGGCAUCAUUUACUCACCUAGACCUAGCUGCUUGUGAAUAGAGCCCUACUGUGCUGAGUAGCUUCUGUCUACUCUUUUCUAUUCUGCUCUCUGCACUGUGAGGUAGGUUCCCUUGCUCUCUUGCUUUUGGUUGGGUUCAAGAAAAUGGGAAGUAUCAGUGGGAGAUUAGAUGUAGAGGAAAAUGAAAUCAUGUACUUUAUUUCCCUAGCUCCUUUCCUGCCCUAUCAUAGUCAGUUGGCUUAUAAGGAAUCCUAUCCCUUCUGUUCCCAAGCAGUUAUCCCAGUUAGCUCACUAGGUUUAGUUCGGCUCCGUCACUUUACCCCUUUUCACUUAGGACUGGUAAUAACUUAGAGUUAUUAAUAGCCCCAGGGUAGUUCACAACCACUUGUUGCUUUCCCUAGACCCUGCUCGGACAUUUGUAAAUACUGCCCUUUUUUUAUUAUACUCUUCUCAAAUGUUCCCAUUUUAAGUUGCCUUCUAUUUCAUUUUGGUACUCUGAUAAAUUCACCUGUUUGUGUGAAAUAAUUAGCACAUUUCCUGAAGUAUAUACAGUGGGACACAUCAUGCUUUAUGGGGGAAAAUAGUUCUUGAUGAAAUUAGUUUGCUGUACAUUAGUUUGUUUCCCUCCUAGGGAUUCAGAAGGCAAACCAUGUUAAAGGUUCUGGAAAGUCCUGAAAUAAACAUUUUGAAUUUUAUUUAAGCUGAUAGAUCUUAAACUUACUUGAAGGUGUAGCACCUAUUAACAUUCCUUGGAAAUAGAACAUUUGGAAUAUUGUAAUUAAGAGUAAUUCCUAUUAAUAUACAUGUGGUAACUCAGAAUUAAAGAGGUAAGUAAAUUGUUGAUAGAUCAUGCUCCUAGUUAGUAGCAGAGCCUGUUCUAGAAUCUGGAACUUCUGAUUUGGUUUGGUUCUGUAAGGUCACCAUUAUAUUAUGCUAUUCAUAAAAAGGACUGUGGAUUAUAUAAGGUUUGAACAUGAUUAGUCUUAGCCAAAUAAAUCAACUGGCUUGCUUAUUUAGCAGUUAUUUUACAAGAAUGGAAUUAAAAUCGUUUUUUAGUUGUUGCUAUUGUUUUUUAUGUUUAGAACUUGGCCCUGAGAAUAGAGGAAGGCUUGAAUUGAUUUAAGCAGGGCCAAAGUUGGAUUUCUCUGGGCUAUAUUUGGACUUCCCUGAGCCAAAAUCUAUUGCAUUUAACUGGCUUUACAAACCAACUAAAUGUAACAGUUCAGAGGGAAAAGAAAAAAAAAAGUGAGAGACAGAAUAAUUCUAUCACUCAUUUGCCCCCAUCUUUCAGCUGGCACAAGAAAGAUGACCCAUGUAGUUCAUAAGAGCCUAAUUUACGGCUAAGGCUAGAUAAAAUCUCAGGUUCUUUUCAAAAGAAGAUAAUAAUGCCUCUUAGAACAAUGAACUGACUAUACUUGUCUUGUUUUUUUUUUUUUUUUUUUUUUUGGUGUGAUAGAUUUAAUAAUGGCCCUAAUUCUUUAUUCUUCCCUGUAAUCAUGGUCAUUUUUCAGGUUCCUUUGAAUAACUCCCCCCACUGUGAUUCUGAGUCAUAGACAUCCAGAGAUUUAGUGCAUUUUUAUUUACUCUCUGUUUCUGCUGUUGACAUAGCAUAUGCUUGGCUGAGUUAGCAUGCUGGAAGAUGAGACAUCCAUGGAGCAGAGCAAGGUUUCCCCGGUCACCCUCACUGAAUCCUGUCUAGAUUGGCUGAUGGCCAACCAAACCCAAGAUUGGAGGAUUCCAGCCAAGAUCAGCUGAGUCAUCUAACUGACACCUACCUGAUUCCAAAUAUAUGAGCAAGGAACGUCUAUUAUGCCACCAAAGUUUAUAGCUAUUUAUUGUGGCAUUAUUGUGGCUAUAGAGAUCUCAUUUUUGGAUGCAUGAUCAGAUACAGCUUCUUCAAGUACCUUAGAAGAUUCUCAGUUUUGUGUUUCUUGGGCUUUUGACCACUUGCUUUGCCUUAGGUAUCAUCUCACACAGUAACAGAUGACCAGCAGGCUUGUAUGAUUCCUCUGCUUGAGAUCAACUAGCCAUAUGUUCAGAAUCUCUGGCUUAUACCAACACUUCUGGACUUUAAUAACUCCAUGCCACAAUGACUUAAAAGGGCUAGGUGAUGUACUCUGGUAGGUUUGUGAAGUUAACUGUCUGAAAAUUUCAAAGGACUAGAAGAACUAUGGACUACAGUGCACUAGAAGAAGUGCCAGAUAAAUUGCUCUUCUUCUGAUGGACUGUAUAGAGACACUGUUUUUCAUCCUGCCUGUCCAGAAGAGUACUAUGUGGCUAUGCAAGUAUACUUGUCACAUGACUGGUAGUGUCCCUUCAUGGCUUUUCAUGAAACAGCAGCAAGUGCUAUACAGUAAUUUGGCAGUUGGAAUUUGCUUCCCAUUAUUGCUAGCUUCACUUCCUUUCUUCCUCACUCUUACCAGCCUGGAUUGUACCUUUAAUAAAGUAGUAGAUAUAUUUUCUUUAGGCUCUCUUCUAGGGAAGUCAGAUGUUUUAGUCUGGGUUUAUUUAGAAAAGCAGCAAUGUUACAAAUGUUACAUGAAUAAAGAAGUUUAAUAAAGAAAUUAAGGUUUA